CGUUGUGGGGUAAAAAGGCAGUCGGGCUGGCUCGGCCUAUUCAGCCCUUUGAAGUUAAAGCCAAUUUAUUUCAGACGAAAUCAGCAAAAGCAAAAAUUUCACAAGCUUGUGGGACUCACUCACCCGCUGCAUCAUCACUGAAAUUUCACAAAGGCAAUCGCUGUAGCAAAAUGGCGCUCAGGCUGGUGUCUAAGAAUUUCAGGAAUAAAGUUUCGCCCAUGCUCUCUUCUGCUUCUUUACUGCAUUCACAUGCCACAAGUUUUGGGUUUAAAGAAGUACGAGAAGAAGAGAAAAGCCAAAUGGUUGGUGAAGUCUUUAGCAAAGUUGCUUCGAACUAUGAUCUCAUGAAUGACCUGAUGAGUGCCGGAUUACAUAGACUAUGGAAGGAUAGACUGGUUUCCAAACUAAGGCCAUUUCCUGGAAUGAAACAUCUUGAUGUUGCUGGUGGAACAGGUGAUGUUGCUUUCAGGAUUCUGGAAAGUGUUAGCAGCAUCAGACGCAGAGCAUUGCAAGAACCAGUCGAUGAUGGCUUACAGGAAGAAACUCAGAUAUAUGUAUGUGACAUUAAUCCAAACAUGUUAAAUGUUGGAAAAAAGCGUGCCAUAGAGAGAGGUCUUGCAGAAGAUAAAUCUCUCACAUGGGUGCAAGGAGAUGCAGAAGCCUUAAGUUUUGGUGAUAAUUCAAUGGAUGGUUACACCAUUGCAUUUGGAAUUAGGAAUGUCACUCACAUAGAGAAAGUUCUUGCUGAAGCUUAUAGGGUUUUGAAACGGGGAGGAAGAUUUCUUUGUAUUGAACUGAGCCAUGUUGAAAUUCCUGUAUUUAAGGAAUUGUAUGAUUUUUAUUCCUUCUCUGUUAUUCCUCCACUAGGGGAGCUUGUUGCAGAUGAUCGAGAAUCCUACCAGUACCUGGUUGAGAGUAUCCGCCGAUUUCCCCCACAGGAGAAAUUUGCUUCAAUGAUUGCAGAUGCAGGAUUUCAGAAGGUCGAGUAUGAAAAUCUUGUUGGGGGAGUGGCUUCCAUUCACUCUGGUGUAAAAAUUUGAAGGUUUGUCCGGCAAUUCUUGGUCCAGCCUUUCCAAUAAUCAAUUAUUUUAUACAGUUUUGCGACCAACUGAUGCUUUUAGCUUUGCUUCUAUCGUUUAGAGAAAAGAUUUUUAGAUGGCAUGGCAUAUUGACUAUAAUCUGAAUUUAAGUUAGUCAUCUUUUUCAAGACUUAGGGUUUCUAAAUUGCUGAUUGAAAAUGAUUCUCUUAAAUAUGGUGAAUUAAAUUAAAUUUCCUCAAUGGAGAUCACCGAAGAAAUCCAUUUUACAUUUAGAAGCUUUAAAAUUGCAUGUGGAUGGUUGGCAAAUUAUUCAUAUUCCGAUAAGAACAUUUCACCUCCAAUUAAUCAAUUAAAGUUCAGAAUUAUGUGAAGUUUAUUAUAAUUUUAUGUGAAAUUCACAUUUAAGUGGUGGACUACUUACAUUUUUUUUUUUUGGUCAGUGGACAAUUAUAAAAUUGUAGUAAAAAGAAUUGCAAGUAAUACACUCCUUGAGACCAAAGAUAUUGUAAAUGGUCUUGCUAAGUCUAGUAUAAUAGAUUGCAAAUUUUGACUGUGUUAAAUCCGGAAUAUAAUUCAAUUUAUUUAUAUAAUUAUUCUUAA